GUUUCCUUGGUCUCUCUCUCUCUCUCUCUCUCUCUCCCUCCCUCUCCCUCCGGGACAAAUUGAAGCUUCUUGCUUUCUCUCUCCUCAAUCCUCAGAGAAGCCUUCUCUCUCUCUCUCUCUCUUCUCCUGCAGCUCCCAUAUCUGUACUAUGGAGAUGGGUGACGCCAACAGUCUAAACCAUAAUUUAUUUUUGACCUGUGUGUUGUGGAUUUGAUCCUGAACCUUAGCCUUUAUCUUCAACCUUCAACUAUAACUCCUGAGUCUUUUUUUAUCCUGCGCACUCACCACCGAUUUGCCGUCGAUUGAUGACAACAAACCCUGUUCGGAAACCCAGAAGAAGGCGAAGACGAAGAGGGGAGGGGUAGAACGGUAAUUAAAACAAGCAUCUCACAGGGCGUUUCCUUUUCUGUUUCUUUUUGGCUUUUGUUUUUCUUCGUUUGGUUUUUUCUGGGACGGUUUCGGGGUUAUCUUUUCUCUGGUCUCUGGGUGGCAUCAGCGAAAUGGAGGUUUUGGUCGGUCCCACCUUCAGCAUCGAGGUGUCUGCGGUACCCCCGGCGUACGUUAGGGAACGGAGCGGCGGCCCGGCGCAGGAUAAGUUGGCGGCUGCUGCCUCACCUUGUAUUUUCUUGAAGGAGGAGGAGGAGGAGGAGGAGGAGGAACGCGGGCCUGGGCUGAUCCGGAAGGGGAUCGGGUCGGUAACCAGCAUGGGGCCUUUGGAUAAAUCGUUGGAGGACUCAUCGAACAGUUCGUCGUCGAUCGGCGCCGCGGGAGACAGCGAAGAAGAAGAGGAUGACGAUGACGACGUCGUUUCGUCCAAGUCUCGUGAUCGGGGGUUGGGAUCGUUGGGUUCUUUUGGUUCCUUGGAAGAUUCUCUUCCUAUCAAGAGGGGAUUGUCAAAUCACUACACCGGAAGGUCAAAAUCAUUUGCAAAUCUAUCAGAUGUGAGCACGGUGAAAGAUCUGGAGAAACCAGAUAACUCAUUCAACAAGAGAAGAAGAGUUUUAAUGGCAAACAAGUUGUCCAGGAGAUCAUGUUUCUACACGUGGCAAAACCCUAAAUCCAUGCCUCUUCUUGCUCUGAAAGAAGAUGAUGAAGAGGAUGGAGAAGUGACCAACCCUACAUCAACAUCGUCAUCUUCUUCAUCGCCAUCGAAUUAUGAGGAUGGAGAAGGAGGAAAAAGAAGCAAGUUACAGAGCAGGAGGCAGCUGGUGGUCAAGUAUCAGAGUUGUUUUUCUCUAACAGAUCUGCAAGAGGAACCUCAAUAACAUCUUUUUUUUUUUUGAACUUUUAAAUAUUAUAUAAUGUGUGUUAGUCUCUUACCUUACAAAAUUUACCCAUAUGUUUCUUUUGUUUUC